AUGAACACCUCCAAAGGUGUACAACUUGAAGCUGUCUCUGUUAUCCAUCCUCCAUUGGGAUUAAAAAUGUCCCAGGAAUCAGAGAAAGUAGAGGCUAAGGCCAGCACUAACACCUCCGUUAAUAAAUCAGACGAGGCGAGAGAUUCGGAAGAGAAAGAAGCUGAUGAUGUUGACGAUGACGCACACGGCUCUGAUGAUGAUUAUGAUCCGGAUUAUGAUUUUGACUGGUGGAAUGAUUACGUUCUAGCAGAUGGAAAGGGUUUCCAUUCUAAACCUGGAUUUGAUGAGGAUAAGGAUGACUCUGGUAGUUCAGGCGGUUGUGGAAGUACUCGCGGAAGUGAGCCGAGUGAUUCAAACCAUAUGGACAACUCCAUUGUCUUAACGGAGAGUCCUAUUCAUUUUUCUGGAAGAAAGAGGACUGUAUGUGAGAAUGUUCUGGCUCCCCAUGGAGAUGAUGAUGAUUUUGUGCAGACUCCGCCAGUCUCUGAUGAAAUGGGAGGGGAUUUCGAUGAACUUGAUUUGUCAAAUGAAGAUGGAGAGAUAUGGGUUGGGAAAAAGUUCAGGAACAAGGAACACUUUAAAAUCACGUUGGCCAUCAAUGCGCUGAAGAAUAUAGUGACGUUCGAAUUCAAAAAGCAUGCGAAGAAGUACACAGUCGCCGAAUGUCCAUCAAAGAUAUGUGAUUGGAGAGUGUUGGGGUGUCAAGUUGGCGAGUCGGCGUUGUAUGAGGUGAGGAAGGCGUGUUUGACGCAUACAUGCCACCCGGAUACAAGAAAGAAAUUUUCAAAACAUGCUACUUCUAAAGUCAUGGCGGCUCUGCUGAAGUCUAAGUAUGAGAAUGCAAUAGUUGGGCCACGUGCGAGUCAGCUACCUGCGAUUGUUCUCUCCGAAUAUAAUAUUACAGCAUCGUACUGGAAAUGCUGGAAAGUUAAGGAGGUGGGUAUAUACUCUGCUCACGGAACAGAGGAGACUUCUUUCAAAUUAUUACCGAUUUACCUCCAUGUGCUCAAGUAUGCUAACCCCGGCACCAUAACGCAUUUGAUAACCGAGAGCGAGAGAGAUGAAAAAGAAGGAAAAUGUAUUACCAGGUUUAAGUCCGUAUUUAUGGCAUUGGCUGCGUGUAUAUCUGGAUGGAAACAUUUGAAACAAGUAGUUGUUGUUGAUGGGACUCACCUCACUGGUAAGUAUAAGGGUUGUCUAUUAACGGCCAGUGGACAAGAUGCUAAUUACCAGGUAUUUCCAAUAGCGUUCGCCGUUGUUGAUGCAGAGUCUGACAAGACGUGGAGAUGGUUCUUUGAGAAGUUGCACGGUGGAAUUGCCAAAGCUAAAAAGAAAUGGUAUCCACAGUCACACCACGGUGCAUGUCUUGUCCAUAUCCAGAGAAAUGUUCACGGUAAAUACAAAGGUUCCGGUCAGAAAGGGUUGGUCGGAAAGGCUGGAGAAGCGUUCAAAGUUUCUAAUUUCAAGAAACUAUACGCAAGGCUGAAGGAUGUUGAUUAUGGUUGUUGGGAGUACAUGGAAAAAAUCCCUCUUGCGCUGUGGACUAGAUCACACUUUUCUGGUCAGAGGUAUAAUAUGACCUCCAGUAACAUUGCAGAGUCUCUGAACAAUGCACUAUUAGCUCCAAGAGACAGUCCAAUCGUUGCAAUGCUAGAAUUUAUCAGGCUAAUGUUAAGUAGGUGGCUUGAAUGCAGAAGAGAGACCAUUCAAAAGAUGGAUGGUGACAUUACAGAAGAGGUUGACAAGUUAAUGAACCUGCAGCAGCAAAAAUCUGCUGCACUUUCGGUUCAAGGCAUUUCUUUGUGGGAGGUUGAAGUGAGUUCUGAGUUCGGUGUACGGAGGCUUGUUGAUCUCCUAAACAAAACAUGCUCAUGUCUAGAGUUUCAGACAUUGAAAUACCCUUGCCGACAUGCAAUGGCCGCGGCUAGGCUUCGCCAAGUGGAGUACAGCAGUUUGGUUGAUCCAAUUCUUAAGAAAUCAAUUUGGAGUGCAACAGUUUGUGGCAAAAUCCUACCAGUGCCCGACCCUGACGACAUUCGUAUCCCAGCAGAGGUGCGUGACCUUAAUAUUAUGCCACCUAAGGCAAAACGUCCAUCAGGAAGGCCUACGACGAAGAGAAAACUUUCAGCAGGAGAGUAUCCUCAGGUUGCGAAAAAAAAGAAGCCAAAAAAAUGCUCUAGAUGUGGAAAUGCCGGCCAUAACCGGGCAAAAUGCAAGGAACCAUUGGGUUGA